AUGGUCCUUCCAAUAAGGUCAUCUGUUCUCCGUCAAUUUUCUCAAUGUAAAAACAUUAGAGCUCGCUCUUUUCAUUCCACCCCACAGCGGGCUCUUUUCUCCCCCACAAAUGUCUUACGAGCAGUAGCUGCGCCAGCAGUCGGCUCAUAUGUACCCAAGGAUGGCGAACAUGUUCUUAACUCGCCAUCGGAGAUCGCUCGCAGAAUUUCUGCCAAGGUUCUUCCCAAGCUUCCUCGUCCAGACGUUAAAAAAGUUGUCAUCGUCGGCAGCGGUGGCCUCAGCAUUGGUCAAGCUGGCGAGUUUGACUACUCGGGCUCGCAGGCACUGAAAGCUUUGCGCGAAGAAGGUGUCGACGCCGUUCUUAUCAAUCCUAACAUCGCAACCUGGCAGACGUCUCAUGAAUUGGCAUCCGAAGUCUACUUUCUUCCAAUCACUGCGGACUACGUUGCAUAUGUAUUGGAGAAAGAGCGUCCAGAUGGUAUCCUUCUGACCUUUGGAGGUCAAAGUGCCCUCAACGUCGGUAUCGAGCUGGACAAAAUGGGCGUCCUCGAGCGCCUGGGCAUUAAGGUCCUCGGAACUCCAAUCCGCACUCUCGAAGUUUCUGAAGAUCGUGAACUUUUUGUGCAAGCUCUCAAAGAAAUCGACAUUCCAGUCGCACAGUCUACAGCUGUAUCUACUGUUAAUGCCGCUCUAGAUGCAGCGGAGCAAAUAGGCUAUCCCGUCAUCCUUCGGUCUGCAUUCACUCUUGGUGGUCUCGGUUCCGGUUUCGCCAACAACCCCGAUGAGCUUCGUGAUCUCUCUGCAAAGAGUUUGAGUCUGUCCCCUCAGGUUCUGAUUGAGCGGAGUAUGAAGGGCUGGAAGGAACUCGAAUACGAAGUUGUUCGUGAUGGCGCUGAUAACACGAUCAUUUGCUGCAAUAUGGAGAAUUUCGAUCCUCUCGGUACACACACUGGCGAUUCGAUUGUUGUUGCACCGUCUCAAACUCUUCCGGACGACGAAUACCACAUGCUUCGCAGCGCUGCUAUCAAGGUCAUCAGGCAUCUCGGUGUUGUCGGCGAGUGUAACAUUCAGUAUGCACUUAACCCCAAUUCCAAGGAAUACUGUGUCAUUGAGGUUAAUGCUCGUUUAAGUCGCUCAAGUGCCCUGGCGUCUAAAGCUACUGGUUAUCCGCUUGCCUACACUGCUGCUAAAAUUGCCCUCGGACAUACCCUUCCAGAACUGCCCAACGCGGUGACUAAGACAACUACAGCUUGCUUCGAGCCUUCUCUCGAUUACAUCGUCACUAAGAUACCUAAGUGGGAUCUUGCAAAGUUUUCAUCGCAGGUCAACCGCGAAGUUGGAUCCUCAAUGAAGAGUGUUGGGGAGGUCAUGGCUAUUGGUCGCACAUUUGAAGAGAGUCUCCAAAAGGCUAUUCGCCAGGUUGACCCGCGGUGGAAAGGCUUCGAGGCAUAUGUUCAGCCUGAGGACCUUGACCGUGCUUUGUCGAGACCCACGGAUAUGCGACUCUUUGCCAUUGCUUACGCGAUGUACAACAAGAAUUACAGUGUUGACCAGCUGCAUGACUUGACCAAGAUCGACAAGUGGUACCUCUACAAAAUAGACAAUAUCGUUCAAACAAGCAGGGCUAUCAAGACAGUUGGCUCCAUCGAAGAAAUAGACCACGAACUCAUGAAGCAAGCUAAACGCAUGGGCUUCUCCGAUGGGCAGAUUGCUGACCUCGUUGCCUCGACUGAAGACAUCGUCCGCGCUCACCGCAAGUCCCUUGGCAUCACCCCCUUCGUCAAACGUAUCGAUACUCUUGCUGCUGAAUACCCCGCGCACACGAACUACCUUUACACGACGUACAAUGCCUCUGAGCACGACGUUGAGUUCGACGAGCAUGGUACCAUGGUUCUCGGAAGCGGUGUAUAUCGCAUUGGCAGCUCAGUUGAAUUCGACUGGUGUGCAGUUACAUGCGCACGUAAACUGAGGGGUAUGGGCAAGCGCACGAUCAUGAUCAACUACAACCCCGAGACGGUAUCGACAGACUUCGAUGAGGCUGAUAGGCUUUAUUUCGAAGAGCUUGGCUACGAGCGUGUUAUGGACAUCUACGAGCUUGAGCAGUCUCAGGGUGUCAUCGUCAGUGUCGGUGGUCAACUUCCCCAGAACAUUGCGCUUCGUCUCAAAAAGGAUGGUGUCAAGGUCCUUGGUACUGACCCAGAAAAGAUUGACACCGCCGAGGACCGCCACAAGUUCUCCUCUGUUUUGGAUAGCAUUGGCGUUGAUCAACCUGAGUGGUGUGAGGUCACGAACCUGGGAGCCGCGAAAGCCUUCGCUCAGAAAGUUGGCUACCCGGUUCUCAUCCGGCCGUCAUACGUUCUGUCCGGUGCUGCCAUGAAUGUUGUCUACGAAGAGUCUUCUCUGGAAUAUAAUCUUUCCGCUGCUGCUUCCGUCUCUCCCUUGCACCCUGUCGUCAUCACGAAGUUCAUCGAUAACGCGCAAGAGAUCGAUGUCGAUGCUGUUGCACACAAGGGCAAGCUUCUCGUUCACGCUGUCUCUGAGCACGUUGAAAACGCCGGUGUACACUCGGGUGAUGCCACCCUUGUCCUCCCCCCCUUCUCGUUGACGGAGACGGACAUGGCGCGCUUGAAGACCAUCGCGGAGAAGGUUGCUGCUGCAUUUGAGAUUUCUGGUCCAUACAACAUGCAAGUCAUCAAGAAGCCUGCAGAUGGGCCCAAUGACGAGCCUCAGCUCAAAGUCAUUGAGUGUAACCUGCGGGCAUCGCGGUCGUUCCCCUUCGUGUCGAAGGUCCUUGGCUAUAAUUUCAUCGAGACCGCGGCAGCAGCUAUUAUGGACCACGAUGUUCCAGAGCCCGUUGAUCUCAUGAAGCAGAAACGUGAUUAUACUUCGAUCAAGGUUGCUCAGUUCUCCUGGACUCGGCUGGGAGGUGCAGAUCCCUUCCUUGGUGUUGAAAUGGCCAGUACUGGUGAAGUCGCUAGUUUCGGCACAGACAUCCAUGAGGCAUAUUGGGCGUCGUUGCUCAGUACGACAGGCUUCAAAGUUCCCCGCCUCAACUCUGGCGUCCUUAUCGGUGGAGAUACUACCAAGCCUGAAAUGGCCAUUGUUGCCAAAGAGCUUCUUCAUCUCGGUUUCAAGCUCUACUGUUCCUCGCCUGAGGUCGAAGCGUAUCUCAACAACCUGCCCUAUAUCACCGCGAAGCGCAUCUUCUUCCCCAAGACCGACAAGCGCAAGCUCCGUGAGGUGUUCGACGAGUAUGAGAUCCAGUGUGUCAUAAACCUCGCAAAGGCACGCGGCACCGGCUUCACUGACGAGGACUAUGUUGCACGGAGGAACGCUGUGGACUUUGGACUGCCACUGCUUAACAACGCCCGUUGUGCACAGCUGUGGGUGGAAGCACUUGGAAAAAAGAUAGCUCAGGGUGGGUUGACGAAGUAUACCGAGGGUAAGGUACCCCCGGAGGUGCGAUCAUGGCGAGAGUUCGUUGGCUGGCGGGCAUGA